UAACUGCAGCUGUUGCCGCUCCAUUAAAUAUAAUUGAUAAUUCUUAUGAAAUGUAUUCUUUAGUAAGUUUCGUUGACUUUAUUAAUGUUAUGGCGUAUGAUUAUCAUUCAUACCAAUGGUAUUUACCAUUAACUGGUCCCAAUUCCCCUUUGUUUUCUUCGCGAAAUGAUUCUGGAUACUUCCAGUAUUUAAAUAUUAAUUCUUCCAUUCAAUAUUGGAUCUCAAAGGGUAUGCCUAAAGAAAAGAUAUUGCUUGGUAUGCCUACAUAUGGACAUUCUUUUAAAUUAAUAAAUGAAGCCAAUAAUGGUUUUGGUUCACCUUCUUCUGGUCCUGGUAUUGGCAAGGAUGGUUUUGUAACUUUUUCAGAAACGUGUGAGUUUAAAUCACGCCAAGAUGCUUCUACUAUUUUUAACCAAGACACCUACACGCCAUAUUCAUAUCAUAAAAAUGACUGGAUAUCUUUUGAUGAUGAAAAUAGUUUGGCGUACAAAGCAGAAUUCGCUGCAUCUUUAGGUUUAGGAGGUGCCAUGGUAUUUUCUUUAAACACUGAUGAUUAUAGUGGUUCAAGUCUAUGUUCGCAAUCAGUAUUUCCAUUAACUUCUAGAAUAAAAAUAGUUUUAAAUGAUGACUACUUAUAAAUAUUUAGAGGACACUUAACUAAAUACUAAAUAGUGAUAAAAAUACCAACUUCAACUUUUUGAUAUUCAAUAGCCUCUAUAAUAUAUUAUUAUAUUAUAUACAUAAUAAUUUAUAAUUUAUGUUAAUAAUGUUGUGGGUGCUAAACUGCUCUCUACCAAAUAAUGGAACAAAAAAUAACUUAUAUUUUAUAAUGUCUGAAGGAUUACUUUUAAAUUUGUACCAUAAUAGGUAUUUAUUGACAUUUUAACUGUUUAUUAGCAUUGUCUAUAAAUUAUUUAAUGYUCAAUCAACCUAUUGUUUUGUCAACAACCGAUAAAAAUGUCAUUACCAAACCACAUCAGUGCGCGGUUUAUUUCAUGGUUUGGAGAAUGUGCUUAAAUAUCCGAACAGUCAGGUUUCAUCAGUAGCUGAUAAAUCUCUAGUCUGAUUGACUAACUAAAGAGUUUAAAAUGUUAUAAUUAAGAAGAAAAUAGUUAAAUCAAUAAUUACAGACAAAUUUUAUAGGGAAACCUGUAUAAAAAUAUUAUAGUAGCUUAGCAUAAUAUUGUAGUCACUCAUAUUUAAAAGUUAGUAUAAUAGAAUCAGCAAAGAUAAAAAUAUUAAAGGAAUAUAAUGUAAACUUCCAUUACUCAUAACCUUUACCUAUUAUGUUAUAAACAUAUGCCAUUGCUAUCUAUAAAAUGUUGCAUUCUUGGAUAAGACCUUAAAUAAAACCAAUUUUUUUAAACAUUAAGUUAGGAUAUAAGUUCAUACCUAGAACCUUUAAUUGGAAAUAUAAAAAUAAAAGACCCAAAUAGUUAUGGAUUGAACAUCAGUAGAAUAUGAAUCCAUAAACAAGUAAAAAAGUUUUAGUUUAUGAUAUUAGUUAUUUUUUUAAAGUCUAAACAUUAUUUACAACAAGAGUGAAAUAAAUAAAUAUAUUAUUAUCUCAAAUGUACUUGAAGUAUUGAAAAGUAGUAAUUGAUUCUAUAAAAGUUUUAUUUAAGAAUAUUCACUAUUUUAUAAUAUGUUUUGAAACUUUUCUACA